UUUCAUGUUGUCCUGCCCCAACAGAUCUGGUGAUGCUUCCAGUCUUUGGCCACCAUAUCCCAGCACAGGAUGCUGCUCUGUACUACCAGUGCCCACAAGCUUGAGACUGUUUAUGACCAUAAGUUUCUCAAGAUGUCUACUAAAGAAUCUUGUGGGAAAGAAGAAAAGUCUCAGAAAAAACAGACCACCUCUUCACUAACUUUUGAUGAAGACAAGAAGGAGGAGGAGAUCUCAACAGGCUCCUCUAGUUCAGUGCACUGUGUUAAACCUGCUCCAACCAAGAAGAGAAAACUGAAACCUGAUGAUACAGACAUUGUAUAUUAUAAUUCAAACAAGCAAGGUCUGAAAAGAUUGAAUGUGGAAGUUGACACACCUAGAAAGAGACCAAAAUUCAGUUCUGCAACUGGUGUAGCAUCGUAUUCAAAUAAUAAUCAAAUUGCUUCACAGAGUUGUUCAUCAAGUAGAACUAAAGAUACUAAACUUAAAGAUAGUAAAUUGACAAAUAUUGGAAGUAAGCUUGAUUAUGAGGUAAAAAACUAUAACAACUUUAAAAUUACCGAAGAUAUAAAAUCUAAAGCUGAAGGCCAGACAAAGGAAAAGAAUUGGUCUCAUUCACUUAUUCAGAAGAAGAUGAAAGAACUGAAAGAAAAGAGCAAUAAGCUUAAAGAGAGUUGUGAAGGAUUGGAGAAAUGCAAGAAAAAUCAACUUCCUCCGAAUUACAAUUUCAGCGAUAUAAUCAAGGAACCGUUUGAAUCUGAAAGAAAGAAGAUCAGUUUCAAAAUUCCAAAAAAAUCUCCUAGCACCCUUCAGAAGCUUGUAGAAGAAAAUGUCUUCAGUGUAGGUUCUAGUAAGUCAAAGACUAAGCAGGAAGAAAAGCAAUGCUUGCAAAGUUACCAGAUAUCAUCAGAUCUGUCCAGGCAUAAAACAGAAACCUUGUUUUCAGAUUCCACACAUAAGCAAGCUGUUUGUGAGGGGAAAAGAAAGUAUCAUCGUGAGCACCAAGAAGUGAAAGGUUCAGAUGCUCAGGAAAACUGUACCCAGAGUUUUGAAACGCCAUGUUCUUCAGUGUCACCUGAGAGUAUCCAAGAUACAGAUGAAGAGAUGCAGAUAGUAGAAGAGCUCCAUGCUGCACGCGUGGGAAAAAGUGUGGAUUUACCUGUGGUUCCACCAUCUGGAGAGUUAAUGAGUAUGGAAAUUGACUUGGUGGAAGAUGAUGUACAUUCUUCUGCAAAUACUGCCUCAGACAAAAAGCUUCUAAUUGUUAUUGACACAAAUGUUCUGAUGAAUCAUCUCAAAUUUGUUAACAUUUUGAAGACAACAGAAAUACCAGGCUUUGACACACUUGUGUUAAUAAUUCCCUGGGUGGUUAUGCAAGAGUUAGAUCGUAUGAAGGCAGGAAAAUUACUAAAACAUGUCCAACAUAAAGCUGUACCUGCGAUUCAUUUCAUUAACAACAGCCUCAGAAAUCAAGAUAGAAAGCUAUGGGGUCAGUCAUUACAGCUGGCGUCCCAAAAACUUUAUGGAUUGAGUGACGAGAACAAUGAUGAUCGAGUAUUAAAGUGCUGCCUUCAGUACCAGGAAUUAUUCCCAUGUUCUCUCGUCAUUCUGUGCACGGAUGAUAGAAAUUUAAGAAGUAAAGGCAUUAUAAGUGGUGUGAAGUCACUCAGUAAAGAAGAAUUGGAUGCAGAGAUACUAAACUUAACUCUGAACACAGAUAUGUGCCAUCAGCCUUGUGUUUCUAAGCAACAGUUGAAAGCAGCAAUAGCACCUGUAAGAGAGACAUCUAAGGAAGAAUCUACAAAUUCUGGACUGUCCAUUCUCCUUGAACACAUUAUAUGUGAUCUUGAAAAAUCUCUUGGGACAGCUUUAUCUUCAAUAUUAGAAACAGAAAUGAAAAUUGCCUUUGGAGAUCUUUGGAUGGAGGUACUGUACUUGAAACCACCAUGGACUCUAAUAAAUCUGUUACAGUGCUUUAAAAAACAUUGGAUGGCUGUAUUUGGAUUAGUUAUGGAAAAUAAAUUGCUUCUAACUAUUGAGAGCCUAUAUGAAAAUCUCUCUAAAGCUAAUAAUUCAGUGGAUUUUACAACAGUGAAGUUCUUGCUUCAGGAUUCUAAAAGUCUGUUACACGCCUUCAGUACAAGGUCGAAUUAUGAUGGCAUUCUUCCCCAGACCUUUGUUCAAGUAAACAAACUCCUCCAAGUACUUGCAGAGGCCAAGACAAAGUUUAAGCCAAACUCUUCAGGAAGCACAGUGAGUAAAAAGCAGGACGACACUUCUUUGAUGAAGCUUCAUAACCAAGAUGUCAGUGGUUUUUUGGAUUCUCCAGUUCACCAGCUUCCUCAGUUCACCAGGCAUCAAGAAAUCUGGUCUGUCCUGGAGAAUGUUUGGACUUCAAUAUAUCAGAACAGCACAGAUGUGUUUCAAACACUGGACUCAAGUUCAACUUUGACCACUUCAAAAAUAGCAUCAUUUGAAGAAGCAUUUAUAUAUCUUCAAAAAUUAAUGGCAGCUGUGAAGGAUAUUCUUGAAGGAAUUCAAAGGAUUUUGGCUCCUAAUAGUAAUUACCAAGAUAUUGAGACUCUCUAUAACUUCUUAAUCAAGUAUGAGGUAAACAAAAAUGUCAAAUUUACUGCCCAGGAACUUUAUGAUUGUGUUUCUCAGACUGAGUAUCGUCCAGUUUGUGUUGGCCAACUACUGUUGAAUGUGGGAUUUAUCAUGGAAUGUGGUAAUAUAGAGGUCACACCAUUAAAGAAAUACUGGCUUUGUCUUUCCUGACUGCUAUCAAAUGCCAACAACUCCUCAUGGAAGGGUGAGACUGUGUGCCCAUACCUCUCUCUCCACAUACUUCGAUUUUGUCUGGCUUCAGCUUGUGUAAGUCUUAUCUAUGCUGUCACAUCUCAGUGAGUUUGUGUGUGCAUCUAUCUGCCCUGGCAUAUACAGAAAAUACCAUUUUUUGACAUCAUCAGGCUCGUACAGUCGUCCCAUCUUCUUCCUCAAAGAUCCAUGAGCCUUAAAGGGGAGGGUAUGAUAUAUAUGUCUUGUUUAGGAUUAAGUGUGUCUAAGGUCUUUUACUGUCUACAUAUUAACUGGUGGGUUUUCCGUGUUGAUCACCAUUUC